GUUUGACCAAUGAGCGCUGCGAUUGAUAUUUAAAAACCAGAAGGUGUUUACCUCAGCAUGCUGUGUGUGUGUGUGUGUGAGUGAUCUGACCUGUGUGCUGUAGGAAAUCUGACCCAAGAUGGGAAGAGGCAAAAAGUCGACCAAACGAAGAGCUGUGGAAGGCAGUGUGAAGGACAAAGAUGAAGUGGCCAAAGAAAACAAACACGGAAACACACCGACAAGCCCAGGUCAGCUGACCAUACUCAGCUGUCUGAAUCCAAACAAGCCGCUCCGGAGUAACCCGCUCGCCCCUUUAUUACACGACAAUUCAGCGGCGGACACGAGCAGACGGAGUGAAGAUGCAGAAGAGCAGAACACUCCCAAACAGAUCCAGAGCGGCUCACACAACGAUCCCACUGAUCCUCAGAAAGAUCCUGGGACAAAGAAGCUAACCAAAUCUGGGCAAAGAAUAAACGGUGAAAAGUCAACAGACAGGAAAUUGAAAGUCAAAGAGCCUGAACUCAACCGAAAGGUCACAGAUUAUUUUCCUGUCAGGAGAAGUUGCAGGAAGAGCAAAGCCGAGCUGAAGUGUGAGAAGCAGCGGCACAUUGAUGAUCUGAUCAGGAACGGAGUGGAAGAGGGGCUGAAGGUGAAGAGUAUCGAAGGGAAGGGAAGAGGGAUUUUUGCAGACAGACGGUUUCAGAAAGACCAGUUUGUUGUGGAGUAUCAUGGGGAUUUGUUAGAGAUUUCUGAUGCCAAAGCAAGAGAGUCUCGAUACGCUCAGGACCCCUCGACGGGCUGCUACAUGUACUAUUUCCGCUACCACGACAAAACCUACUGUGUUGACGCUACCAAAGAAAGCAACCGUCUGGGCCGACUGAUCAACCACAGUAAAAAUGGAAACCUUCAGACCAAACUGCAUGAUAUAAAGGGCACGCCUCACCUCAUCUUCCUGGCCUCCAGAGACAUCGAGGUGGACGAGGAGCUGCUGUAUGAUUACGGUGACCGCAGUAAAGAAGCCAUCGCUGCUCAUCCGUGGCUCAAGAACUGAUUCACUGGAGCUGAUGGAGUCAUCUAGACGUACAGUGCCAUGUGACAUGUCUGAGUUGUCGUCUGGUACCAUAAAAUGAAUUGUAUUGUCUUAUGAACGUUAGUUUUUAAUGAGUACACCUUGAGUUAAGGUUGAAUGAUGUAAAACUAAUUGUCUAACCACUUAAUGGUUGGGGAAAGUUCACUCAAAUCAAAUUUACUCACUCAUGUUGCUCCAAACUUUUAGGACUUGCUUUUCUUCAGAAGAACACAAACUGUUUUGAAGAAUGUUUUAGCUGUUUCUGUCCGGUCAGUGAAGUCAGAAAGGAACGAUCAAUCAUGUGUGUUUUGCACAGGAAAGAUGGGAGUAUGUUUGGACUGACAUGAGGGUGAGUAAAGGACAAAACGUUGUUUUUGGUGAACUAUUGGUUUUAAUGAGUAAUGUAUAAGAAUAUCAGUCUGACUUUAAUGAUAAGAGAAACGGGUAUAGUUACUGUACAUUUUGUAUAAACAAAAUCGUUUGUGAAGCAAUUAUACCACAUUUUUUUGGUUUUGA